CCAAACUUUGUAUACGUGAAUUUUAUUCUACAUUAAUUAAUAAACAUUCAUUCAAUUUAUUAAUUGAAUUAUUUAUAUGAUAGUGAGAUAGAUUUAAAAAAUUUUAACUUUGUGAUAUAAUCGUACUAUUAAACAUAAAGUCAUAACAGUAAGCAGAGGUUUAUUAAUUGAUCGUAAUUAAACGUGCCGGGUACAAACGUAAUAUAAAAAGUUGCUAAGAAAUUAUUGAUUAACGUGCAAUGCUUUAGUUUCUUGAGAAAACAAAAUAAUUUAUUAACGUUUUAAAUACAUCGUACUACAGAGUAAAUCCAAUUUUAUUCGACAAGGUGAUUUAAAUUAAGGUUAAGGUGAAUUAGUGAUCAUAUGAUAAAAAAACUGUCAAUUGAAUGAACAGUUGAUUUAGAAAACUGCAUAAACGCAACUUUUUGAUAAGAAUUAAAUUCAUAUUCAACUGCAAUCAUUAAAAAAUAGUGAACUUCAGAAUUUCCAAUCUGCGCUCCCUAGGAAUAACAUUUUUUUAUGAAGAAUGAACACGGGAUUCAUUUGAGUAUAGUUUAUUUGUAAACAGUUACCCGGAAGAUGGAUGCCUGUGACACACAAAGAAAUAAUUGGGAAGAUUUAGAAGUGACCAAGUCGGAAUUAGAAACUUUAAGUGAUUGCAUGAAACAAGAUGAAUUUCGUAAAUUGUUAAUUGAAUACGCGGAAGAGGUGACGAAUCCGGAGAAUCGCAAAAUUUAUCAAGAAGAAAUUACUAAACUCGAACGUGAACGUGGCGUCGACGUAACUUUUGUCAACCCUGAACCGGGUUACGUCAUUAAAACAAGUUUAAAUGGAGAAAAGAAAUGUUUUAUCAAUAUUAGUAAAAGUGAAACUAUUGGAAAACCAUCAAGUCAACCGUCAUAUGAAAAUGGACAUCCUGGAUUAAACUGGUCGAUUCCCCACACUCUAACACCCCCUCGUGAUGACCUGGAUAAUAAGAGGCUUCGAUGUACUGUUUUCGAUGUUGUAUUUCAUCCAGAUACACUUUAUUUAGCUUCUAAGAAUCGCAGAUUUCGAGAAAUUGUAAAUAAUACUGCUCUAGAUGGAGUAGAAAAAAAUUUUAAGGUUGUACUAGAUCGAAAAAACCUCAAAUUUCCAAAGAUGACUUUUAAAGGAAUGAGUCAAUCAGCUGUAAUUAGGAAACAGUGUGAAAAACCACCUGAAAAGUCAUCUAAUAAUGAAGACGAAGAAGAAGAAAUUUACCAAAAAAUCAUGGCGAGUUACGAUGAAGCACGAGAGAAAUACAAUAAAGUUUUAGAAGGUAAACCUAAACGACAAUCACCAAAAACCAUCUAUUACAGACAUGAUACCAACAUAGAAGAUAUUAGUUCACCUUAUUCAACUCCAAAAUAUGUCAUAAAACAUCAAAGCGAUAUAGAUAUUCAGGAUUUUCGAAACACGAAGGAUUCGAAACUUCACGCAACGAUUCCCAAAAAUCUUGUUGUUAGUAUUGAUUUGCCACUCCUUCGUUCUGCUUCCGAUGCUAGUUUAGAUGUUCAAGAACAUUCUCUUCUCGUUUUAAGCGAGAAACCAGCUAAGUAUCGUUUGGAGUUACCAUUGCCUUAUCGCGUUGACCCAGAUCAUGGCAAUGCAAAAUUUGAUAUGACGAAAAAAAAGCUAAUCAUUACACUGCCAGUUUUACGAGAGGCCAUUCAACUUCCAGAGUUUAAAGAUGAUAGUGGGGUAGAAAGUGAUCAUGGAAGUCCACCAGCAACGCUAAUAACUGAACAAAACGCAGGCGUUUCAUGUUCAAAUGAUCACAAUCAAUCACUAUCAACAAAUAAUAUUGAUCAUGAAGAUAGCUUGAAUACUGACGAUGGUGAUAAUAAUACUAAUUGUGAUAAUAGUAAUCAUAAAAAUACUUCCAAUACGUUAAUCAGGGAGGUUUCUUCAGAUAGCAAUCGUUCUGAUGAUUCUGGUUGUAAAAUCACAGAUGUUAUUGAUGAAGAGCCUCUCAUGAAUGAAAAUACUAUUUAUUCGUAUCCGUACUAUACUUGUAAUAUCUACGAUUGUACCUUUGCUCUAGUUAUUCAUGUUAAAAAUGUCGAUUCUGGAUCAAUUCGUUAUAAAUUUCUUCAUGAAAAUUGUGGUAUUCAUAUUACGUUUUCCUCGGUGGGAGCGGGGUUUUUUCCUGUUUAUUACUCGUUAUGUUUGAAAAUUGAAGAAAAUGCUUUCAAUAAAGAUACUAUUACCGUUGAACCUUGGGAUAAUAACGUUGUAUUCACUGUAACAUUAAAUGAACUUAAUAAAGAAACAACCCAAUAUUUUGUUGGGUUAAAUGAGGAACUUAUGGAAGCUAAAGAUCUGCCUAAUAAAACAUCUCUUAUAGAAAAAUUUGAAUCUCUUGUUGAAGAAAAUGAAAAAAUAGAAGAAAUAGAAAAGAGAGUCGAAGUAUACAGAAAAAAUGAAGAAGAGGUUGUCAUUAAUAUAUCUCCUAAUGAAAAUCAUCCGGACUCUGAUGAUGAGGAUGAGACAUGUGACAGGAAAAAAACAGACUGUAAUCUCCAAAAAUAUCGAUCAAUAUCAGAAAGUAGUGGUGAUGAGCUUCCAAGUAGUAAUAAGAAUAAAUCACGAGGAAUUCUAAAAUUACACAGUUCUAGACGAAGUAAUUUUUCUCGGUCUGUAUCUGAAUCAAGUAUUGAUGAUACAACUGGAAUACCAUCAUCGGUAGAUUUAAACUAUGAUUCUGUUCAAGAACAUUAUUCUGAAUCUGACUGUUGUAGUUUAAAGAAAACUGUUAGAUUUAAUGAUGUUGUAUCUCGUCAACUAUUCAGGUCUAACUCAAGCAUUUUAGGCCGUAGAAAAAAGAAUCAGCGAAAAUUACGCAAGAAGAAACAAGCUCAUGAACGAAGAAUGAGUGAAAGUGAAAAUUCCGAGACUGAAGAGCGAGAUAAGUUUAAAGCCAACGUUCAUAAAAACACUAAAGAAGAAAAGGCUGUGGAUAAUGUAAAGUCAAUUCUUAAUCGGAAUAAAACAUUGAAUCACCGUAAAUCUAGCAGUGACAAUAUUAAAAAUAAUAAAAAGUCAGAAAAUGACAUUAAUAACAUGUACAUCAAUAAUGCCGAGUGGCAAAAAACCGAAUUCAAAAAUGAUUUGAUAUUUGAUCUUGAUAUGUAGAGUUGUAUUGCAUGAGUAAUUUUAUGUGUGAUAGUCAAAAAAAUUGAUGAUGAGUGAUUUUUUUUAGUGAUUUAUAAUAAAUGGUUUUCGGAUAGGAACAUUCCGUGAUAUUUCGUUUACAAACUUAUUUACACAUUGAGCACUACGUACAUGAAAUAAUGAAUGAUGAAAUGUAAGACAUAUUAUCUAGUUUUUAGAAAACAGAUUUUUUGAGCCAAGGGCUUUAAAAUUAAAUGAAAUAUAUCUUGAAAAGUGAAAUUGAAUUUUUGCAGAUUUUCAAUGUCUUUAUUGAUGAAAUAGAUAAUGUAUUUUUCAAUUUUACAAUC